AAGGGAUGAAUUAUACCAAAUAGAGGUGUCCAAUCCGGUUUGAGCUAGUUCUGGUACUGGCUGGACCUAAAGUCAUGUUACACAUACACACUCCUCUGUAACAGGCUCUGGUGUGCGGCUCGGCUGGUCCUUUUCUUCUAUAGAUUUGCUAAAAUUAUCAGCAGUUUUCCCUAUUGGCUCCGCCGCAUAAACUAGAUCACAAUGGGAAGGAAAAAGGCAACCUCUGAUGCAGAUGCAGGUACAGAGCCAAGGCGAAAAUCCCAACGGUUGUCAGAGAAAGAGACGCCAACAAAACCAGAGCCAGAAAAGAAAAAGGCACCUCCGAAGACCAAGAAGGUGAAGGAGGUAAAGGCCAAAGCAGAGGAGAAGAAGGAGGAAGCACAGCCAGAGAAAGAAAGUCCUGCAGAAAACGGAGAAACUAAAGAUGAGGAGGCUGCAGGAGUAGAUGAAGCUGACGACAAGGAGGACACCGCUGAGGAGGAGGCGAAAGCAGCAGAAUAGCUGGCUUACCUCUUUUUGUUGUAAAAUGCAGAGAGUAUUUUAGCUACUAUUUUCUAAAGACCGCAUUGUUUUUAGGGGUGAGAUUGCUUUUUAAUUUUUUAUGACAAUAUCAAUUAAAAGUAUAAAGCUUUUGUAAAGGGAGAGUUUCCAUAAUUGUGUUUUUGUUCUUUUCACACCUUGUCUUUGAGGAUUUUGUCUUCACCGGGACUGUUGGGGGUUCGCUCUACUUUCACAGGAAGUGGAUGUGUUUGGUUGUUUUCUUUUACUUGAGAAGAAUCAGAGUUCAGCCGUGCUUUAAGCUAAGUGCUUCUUAAGAGUUAGUAAUUGUUUAUCUUGUCAUCUCGGAUAGCUGUGUGGUUUGAGAAUUCCUCUACCCAUGUACAAUUUCCUUUUUUUAAUAAAUGUUUUUUGUUAUGGAUGGUAUAAAUUCCAAUUAAAGCGGGGAAUUUUUUUGUAGUGUU